UUCUACAAGAGGCUAGUGUCGGAGCUGAAGAGGAUUGGUUUCGAGCAGUCUAUGUCUGACCCCUGUGUCCUGCGUUUCAUGAUGGGAGACGAGGUGGUGGGGAUGGUCGCGAUUCAUGUGGAUGACAUUCUGUAUGCAGGAACGAAGAGUCUGGCUGAGGUUGUAGUGGCAGCGCUUGGUGACUCUCUUCCGACGAAGAACUUGGGCGAGGUCAAGUUCUUUCUUGGUUGCGAAUACAUUCGCGACCGCAAGGCUGGUACGAUCGAGAUUUCUCAGGAGAGCUACAUCAGGAGUGUCCUUGAGAGGUUCAACAUUGUUCGCACUAGUUCAAUCCCUGCUUCCCUUAACAACGAUGACAGGUCCUUGAUGGAGGAGGAGGGGGCAGGAGAUGUGCCGUUCCGUGAGGUGGUUGGAAGCCUGAUGUGGAUCGCCAGCCAGACGCGAGCCGACAUCUCUAACGCUGUGCGGGCUGUGGCGAGGCACUCUCACGAGCCAAAGAAGAGCCACUGGAAGGCGGCCCAGAAGAUCCUCAAUUAUCUUCUGGAAACGGCACAUCUGACUUUGAAGUUCAAGCGUGAUAGUUCGGUAGACGUAGGCACGUUGGUGUACGUAGAUGCGGACUUCGCGAGUAAGGCUACAGACCGUAGGUCAGUUUCAGGAGCAAUGGUUUUUGUGGCUGCUAUGCUUGUAGUUUGGAUUUCUAGGACGCAGAAAUGCGUUUCGCAGUCGACUUCUGAGGCAGAGUACCUUGCGAUGGGUGAUGGUGUGAAGGAGGCUCUGUUUGUAAAUGGAAUGCUUCAGUUCCUGCGGCCGAGUGUGAAGCCGCGUAAGAUAGACGUCCUUGAGGACAACGAAGGAGCGAUUGCGCUCGCAGAAAACCCGCUGAGCUCGAGUAGGAGUAAGCACAUCGACGUGAGGCAUCACUUCCUUAGGAAUUUGACGGAGGAAGGUGUGAUCGAGGUCACGCAUGUCCCAAGUAAGGAGCAGCAUGCGGACAUCCUCACGAAGGCUCUACCGAGAGACCUUUUUGAAGUUCACCGUGACUUUGCAUUGGGAUCUAGGAAGUAGGAGUCUGAAUUGUUUUGUUGUUUUGCUUUGAUACUUGAUGUACUUGGUCUGGUUGAUACAACAGCCCCUAGGGAGGGUGUUCGUGGUAGAGGCAGUAUGUAUCGACUGAGUUGCGUAGAAUAUCUGAUUGGACGAUUUGAAUACGCGGAACAAUGUCGAUCCUCUGUAGAUUGUUGAGCUACCGACAUAAGGAACGUUCGUGGUCCUUGUGGUUGGAAUAAUCUUGUGGACGCUGCGCUAGUCUGAGCAUGGUAUCUUAGUUCAGGUAAUCAUCCCGAGAGUUUGUGGAGUGUAGGAAGUCGCAAUGGUCCGAGGACUGGUACUGAGAUACUGUAGAACGUUGCUGGUGCUCCGGAACGGUUCCGGAACGUGUCCGUUGGUUCGUUGGUUUCCAGGAGUUCGCAGGGUAUCGAGGACACGGCUUGCACAUCGUGCUCACUCCACUUUCUGACCAGUCUCUCCUGACAAGGGUCU